GCGCGCCUCGCCGCACCGUGUUACCGCGCCCCCCUAAACAUGCCGAUGGUAAAAUUAUUAUAUUAAUUUCAAAAUUGGAACGCGCCAAUGACCACGCGAAGGUGUCGUUGAACGGCUUUAUUGAUAUGUGAUUUUGGCAAACACUUUUCUACCCGAUGGACUUUUAACACAUACGUGUAUGCGAGCGUAGUUACGUGUAAGUGAAUUACCGUGAAUGUAGUGUGCAAUGGAGUAUGUUUUUUUGUGUGUGAUGACUUUGAUGAAGUUCACGUUGAUACAAGGGAUUUCCUAAUGAUAACCAGUAAAUGGUCCGCAAAAGCAAAGUCCGUUACCAAAAUGGUCGACUUAUAGCACCUAGUAACAGACAGUAUCUAGAACUGUGGCGGUGGAAGCGGAAACAUGUUAAUGCUGAUCAUUGUAUACUUCAUUACACUUCCCGUAUUGACAUCGAGGCUGGUGAGAGGCGAUACCACGAUGGACGAGAAACCUCCCCAACCGUUGAUAAGCUCAAGAGUCGUCCGAACCAAGUACGGAGAUAUACGAGGGUUCAUUGUCACCCCAGAGUCUCGAUUCCUCGAGCCGGUCGAGGUCUUUCGAGGCGUACCCUACGCGUCUCCUCCAGUUGGUUCCUUAAGAUUUAUGCCACCAGUAUCUGGUGCUCAAUGGUCUGGUGUGAAAAUAGCUGAAGAAUUCAGUCCAGUGUGCCCUCAAGUACUGCCUGAUAUAAGAAAUGAAACUGCCGUGUUAAAGAGAAUUUCCAAGGGACGGUUGGAAUAUUUAAAGCGAAUUCUACCCUUCCUAACAAAUCAGUCGGAGGAUUGUCUAUAUUUGAACAUCUACGCACCAGCUCAAGCAGGUGUAAGAGACGCCGUAGCUCGGUAUCCGGUGCUGGUGUUCGUCCAUGGAGAAAGUUACGAGUGGAGCUCUGGCAACCCAUACGACGGGACCGUCCUGGCGUCCCACGCGGGACUCGUCGUUGUCACCAUCAACUACAGACUUGGUAUCUUGGGUUUCCUCAACCCUCGAUCGGAUGAUUACCCUCGGUCGCCAGCCAACUACGGCCUCAUGGAUCAGAUCGCAGCACUGCACUGGAUCAAAGAGAACGUUGCGGUCUUCGGCGGUGAUCCAACGAACGUGACGCUCAUGGGUCACGGUACUGGGGCGGCUUGUGUACAUUUUCUGCUGACUUCAUUAGCUGUACCUGAGGGUCUACUGUUUCAUAGAGCGAUCCUCAUGUCUGGAUCGGGCCUGAGUCCAUGGUCAUUGGUUGCGGACCCCAACAAAUACGCUGCAAUAGUUGCGACGCACGCCAACUGUUCACCUGAACUAACGCCUCCUGCAUUACUGCGGUGUCUUCGGGAGCGGCCGUUGGAAGCAAUAUUGUCUGCACCAGUUCAAGCACCCGACUUCGCUUACGCGUUUGGACCGAGUGUGGACGGCGUUGUUAUAGAUACAGGCGAUCUACUGAUAAACCCGGAAAACGGCUACGAAUGGGCCGGUCAGACCGUCCCACGGGCACCAGUCGGCAGACAAGCGCAAAAUGCUAUCAAUAUCAUCAACGCAGUGCUCAUGAGGAAGAGCUCAGUGGCCCAGCUCACCAAAUACGAUCUAAUGCUGGGCGUAACAAAAGCCGAAGCGUACUUCGCGUUCAGCGGAGAUGACGUACAAUACGGCAUCGAGGCAGAUAGACGGUCGAAAAUAUUGAAGUCCUUUGUUAGAAACACGUAUAGCUAUCACUUGUCGGAAAUCCUUGCGACCAUCAUAAACGAGUACACGGACUGGGAGAGGCCGGUGCAGCAUCCGAUUAAUAUAAGGGACGAGACACUGGAAGCACUCAGCGAUGCGCAAGUAGUCGCGCCAAUGGUCCUCACCGCAGAUACACACUCGGCGCUACGCCGCAACUCCUAUCUAUACGUGUUCGACUACCAGAGCAAGUUCGGUGACUACCCACAGCGACAAGGCUGCAUACAUGGAGAGGAACUGCCGUACAUAUUUGGCGCGCCGCUGGUGGGUGGACUAGCACACUUCCCCCGCAACUAUACCAAAGCCGAGGUGGCGUUAUCGGAGUCCGUUAUGCUGUAUUGGGGGAACUUUGCAAAGACCGGGAAUCCAAAUGAAGCGCAAGAAAGUGAUCCAAUCAGAGCUGGACGACAAGAGCGUGUUAGAAUGAAGAAUAUGGAAUGGACUGCUUAUGAGGCUGUUCACAAAAAAUACUUAAAUAUAGACACUAAAUCUAAGUUAAAGAAUCACUACAGGGCUCACAGAUUGUCAUUUUGGCUAAACUUGGUACCAGAUCUCCACCGUCCAGGAGGUGAAGAUGUACCACCUUCUCACCAUCAGCUCGAUCAUGAAGAUGCGUCUCCACAACCUACUCUUAAAACAUUUAGUCCACCUUUCAAAAAGACAACUGACAUAGUGAUCACAGACAUCGGUCUCGCAACUAAAGUUCCUGUUUUAAGUGUUAUUAAUAUAACAUCGCCCGUGAAUUUCAAUAUAAUUGGUCUAACUCCACCAACACAAAGCACAGUGGGAGCUGAAGCGCACAAGCCAGAUGCAUCUACAGCUACACCCCCCGAAGACGGAUUUGCUGCGUACUCUACAGCACUUAGCGUAACAAUAGCUAUAGGUUGUUCUCUGUUAAUAUUAAAUGUCCUAAUAUUUGCUGGAGUAUACUAUCAAAGAGACAAAACAAGAAUGAAUGGACAAGACGGCCAUGCAAAUGGUUCUCACUUGAAAAAAAGAGCGGAAAAUGGACAAAUGCCAAAUAAUAUUUGUGGUGAUCUCGAAGGUGCCUUGUCUUAUCAGACAAGUUUAAAAAACGAUCCUGCCACGAUAUUGAGUCAUCACCAUACUCAUUCACAUCAUCAGCUCCCUCCUCCGGAGUUUGCUGAUCUGCCAAGUAAUAAUGUAGCUAGUAUGGCGACACUGCCACGAGCGCCGCCUCCUCCGAAAUUAGGGAAAAGUAAUAUCAAUACUUUAGCGAGUGGUCAGUUGCAAGAAAAUCAACCACUACUAUCAGCUCACCAAAUGCAAAUGAUCAAUACAAGUACGCUAACAAAGAAAAAUACGCAAUUGAACGCGAAAUCGAAUGUGACAAUGGAGGAGCUGAGGGUGUGACGACAGCGUGCCUGACUGCAGCGAGCCGGCAGUUGCAGUGAUGUAGUCCACCACGAUGAAAUAGUGUGACUUGAGCCGGACCUUCUCAAGUGUGUUACGGAUUACAUUUAACUUUAUUUUAAAAGUGAAUCUGUGCCACUUGAAAUCGAAGGGAUGAACAAUGUAUUACGAUUGGUAAUAUUCAUAUCUGUAUACUAAACAGUGAAAUGGACAGUGUUGAUAGUGAUUAUAAAAUAGUGGACAAUAUUAAAUUAUUUAAUGAUGUAAAUUAAUGUAUAUAGUAAAUAAAUCUUAAAAUUGUAUAUAAUUCAGCAGCUCAGGCGCAUAUCCAUCCUAAUUACAAUUAUGAUAAUCUCAACUAGAAGAAUUAUUAAUGAACCUAAUGUGAUGAAAACUCUUAAUAGGAUAAUUAAAACGAUCGACUGAGAAUCGAAUGUUUCAUUUUAUGAAAUACAUUUGAUAAAAUUAAGUGUUGUAUUAACAAAAUACAACAAAUAUACUAUUUAGAAAUUGAUUGAACGCAAAUUUUUAACUGGACUAAAAUUAAUGAAUUGGGCUAAAUUUAAUGAUUGUGACGUAAUUAUUAAGAAGUUUAGUGGAUAUGAGACACCAAAUUAUUAUCGCCCAGUGUUUUAUCAACUAGAAGCAAUAAAAUUUUCAUCGAACAAAAUCAGUUAUUAGUGUCUCCGAUUUCUUGUAAUGUUGUCGAUUGAAGAAAUAUUUGGUGUUAUAGAUAUUUAAUAAUAUACUUUUUUGUUGAUAUGAAUUGUAUAAACACUUCUAUCUUUUAUUUUUGAGAAAACUUCAGUGCUACAUUUGUGUUUAUCAUUACUUUAAUAGAAUUAUAAGGAAUAAUGAUUCUUUUUAUGAGAUAUAAGUAAUAUUUCAUCAGUUUGGUAUGUAUUUAUUGAAUUGUCUUCCUUCAUGUUGUAAUGUCUUCCAAUAGUCAAUUACAAUCAUUUCAUUAUUUGUCAUUUUCCAAAAAUAAAUACAAAUCAUUACUUCUCUUAUGUGAUUAUUCUUUUCAACUGUUUUGUAAUUAAUUAUUUUUAAUUAAAGUGACCAUUUGAUUGAGCUUUCAAUCUAUAUAUUUAAUUGAUACUACAUAUUGUUUAAAUGUAUCAUUAUUAAAUAUAUCAUUAACAUCAUUUUUAAUACCAAUUAUUUCUUCAAUUGCGUAUACUGUACUAAUUUCUAAAAUAGACGGACCAAAGUGUAUGUAAAUAUGUACAUAUUAGAUGUAAAAUAGUAUCGUUACCACGUUUUAUUCGAACCACGACUGAACCUGUACGUGAAAAUGUUCCAAAAAUACGAAUACCGUACAAAGUGGACUUAUAAAGUUCUGGAAUAUGUUAAUAAUACAAGCGCAUAUGUGCGUAUUCAACAUAUUUAUUAUAAUCGAUUAUAAAUGUUCACACGUGUUCACGGAAAGUUACCUUGUACACCUUGUGUUUUCAUACAUAAAAUAUAUUGUUUCAUUACAAUGUUGUUAGAGUAUUUUAGCAAGUCGUUUUAUUAUUUCUACAAUAAUAUCUUGCUUUAUUCGAGUUUCAUUUUUAAAACAUAAUUACUUUUAUCUAACUUAGCACGUUUUCCCGUUAUGUUACGCCAUUUCGUAAAGUAGGAAAUUUCCAUCUGUGUUCCUUUUUUAGUGUAUUACGCCAUACUCUUAUCAAUUUUAAGUUUUGAUGAUAUUUUUUUUUAAUCGAUAAACUUUGUUAACAUAUUGAUCUCGGAGAGAGAGUAAACUGUUGAAGAUGGUAUUUUUUAAAAUUCGAGAUUUAGAAAUAUGAAGAUUAUAAAUUUUAAUUUUCAGAUACUUAAUUUUAUAAUGAGCUAUUCUCGUUUUUCUACGAGAGAGCCUAUUGUCUUGAAUUCUUUAUGUUUGUAAAACUUGAGUUUUGCACAUUGCAUCUAAUAUGACUGACUUCGAUCAACACAUAAAAAAAUAGAUAAAAAUAUAUAUAAUGAGAAACAAAAUAGUUCUUUUUUCUCUGAUCAAAAUUUGAUUGUUAAUUUUAAUAACCCUUUGUGGUAGGCAGAGAGCACAAAUUAAUAUUUUUUUUUUUUUGUUGAUAUCUAUUUAAUAUUGUAAUAACUGUGUUAUAACUAUGAUAAAGUUAAUCCGAUAUAAUCGCAAAACACUUUUUGUUUAAAUUAAUGUGUAUUAUAGUAAAAUAUCGGUCGAGUCUGUACAAAUACGUCGUAAUUUAUUGAAAUGCAGA